AUGAGCGAUUAUCCAGAUUCAUUGAAAAUACAUCUCUAUAAGUUAUCAAACUACAUUAACCAGAGGGCUAACAUAUACGCAUUGGGAAAACUAUUGCCGACCACCACCUGGGGACAAUACAAACUGGUAAACGACCGCAGCAAAAUCCUAUGCGACCCAGCCACUGGAGAACCACUCACCAUAUGGGUAGUAGGCCAUAUCACAUGCAAGUGGUUCACCAGGCAAGGAGUGCCUGAGAAUCAAGCAUCCAUCACAAUGCUUCCACUUUCCCAGAACCUGGCACAACAGAGUGCGCAAUUACUGGCGAAAUUAUCUAAUCCUGUAUUGCAUGAGUCCGUGAACCAACAAUCCACCCACAGCAUCAGAGCCAUCAAAUGGCAAAAUGCAAAGAGCAACAAUGAGCAGACAGAGGCAAUUCUCUUCGAUGCAGUCUACAAUGCUAGGGAGGAAGGAUCACUUAAGACAUACGAUGAACGCCCGCUGUGGAACCUGGCAGAUCUGAAGGCUGAUGAUCUCAUCCUCCUGGAGAUGAGGUUGACGCGAUACUCCAAGAAAGGAGAAGAUGGCAAGUGGCAAUCGCGAGUGCAGUAUGAGAUGCUGGCAAUUUCACUUCUUAAUAUUGGACCAGCGCCUGAAGAAGAAACUCAAGCAAUGAGCAAGAUUGACAGGUUGGCUAUUUGA